ACACUCACUCAAACACUCUCUAGUUAUGACGCGUUUCGUGCAUUUCCUGCAUUACAAGGCGAGGGGAGGAGUUGGGGGCGGUGCUAAUGAGCGGCGGUACGAGGAAUCCAGCGGGGAUCUGCGCCUCUCAUCUGUGUCCCUGCAACCCAAGCCCAGUAAUAACAACAGCAGCAGCAGCAGCAGCAGCGCGAGUAGAGCCCAGUCCGGCGGUGCAGUCCCCGGGGCAUGCGGGCGGGAGGAUCCCGUGUGAGGACUGCGGGUGUGAGCGAUUUCCCGGCUGCUGGGGGAGCAGCUUGUAGUCUCAGAGGCAGGGGGAGCGGCUGAUCACAGGCAGCGUUUUGCCAGGAAAGCCCAGAUUUCAGCAGCAGCAGCUUCGAGUCGUGUCCAUGGAUGAGCCGAUACGGUAGGGAGGAGAGAAGCAGCCACGGCGGGAUUAUCGGAGGAUUUGCACAGACACCCCCGCCUUGUUGUUACAGCCCGAGUAUUAUCCACUGCCAGAGGAAUAGGGACAAGCGGAGCGCAUGGGCGGGCGGUGAAUAGUGGAGCGCGGAUCGUAAUAUUUCCGCCCCCCUCCCCCGCCCAAUAGGGAGAUGCAGAGGUGCAACUUGUACUGACUGCGCCCAUUACACCAUAGAGCGCACAUAGGAGCAAGCACUUUGCUUUUUCAGCGCUAAUGCCCCAUUUUUACCCUUCCCCAUCUUAAUGCACUAGCUGUGGCCCUUGCACUUGUCUGUGGCCUGGCAUUGUGCCUCCAUUGCCCAGCUCUAGUUACACCUCUGCUAGGAAACACCCCCCAUCGCCCACCAUGGUUGUAUUCAAUGGCUUGCUGAAAAUUCGGAUUUGUGAGGCCACCAACCUGAAGCCCACUGCCUGGUCCCUGAGACACGCCGUGGGGCCCCGACCCCAGACCUUCCUGCUGGACACAUACAUUGCCGUCAAUGUGGAUGACUCCAGGAUAGGACAGACCUCCACCAAGCAAAAGUCCAACAACCCCACCUGGCACGAUGACUUCUCUACUGACGUCUCCAACGGCAAGAGGAUCGAGCUGGCGGUCUUCCACGAUGCUCCCAUAGGGUACGACGACUUUGUGGCCAACUGCACCAUCCAGUUUGAGGAUCUACUGCAAAACGGGAGCCGGCACUUCGAGGACUGGAUUGAUCUGGAGCCCGAAGGAAAAGUAUACGUCAUCAUUGAUCUGUCUGGGUCCUCAGGUGAAGCAGCACCCAAAGAAAAUGAAGAGCGAGUAUUCAGGGAACGGAUGCGGCCCAGGAAGCGGCAGGGUGCUGUCCGACGCAGGGUCCACCAGGUUAAUGGGCACAAGUUUAUGGCAACCUACCUUAGACAACCAACCUACUGUUCCCACUGCCGAGAUUUUAUAUGGGGAGUUAUAGGAAAACAGGGAUACCAAUGUCAAGUUUGCACGUGUGUUGUUCACAAGAGGUGCCACGAGCUCAUAAUAACCAAAUGCGCCGGCCUAAAGAAACAGGAGACCCCCGACGAGGUGGGUUCUCAGCGUUUUAGUGUAAAUAUGCCCCACAAGUUUGGCAACCAUAACUAUAAAGUACCCACCUUCUGUGACCACUGUGGUUCAUUACUCUGGGGACUGAUGAGACAAGGUUUGCAGUGUAAAGUCUGUAAAAUGAACGUUCACCGGCGCUGUGAGUCAAAUGUAGCACCCAACUGCGGCGUGGACUCUCGGGGCAUUGCAAAAGUAUUGGCGGAUCUUGGGGUCACACCGGAUAAAAUCACAGCGGCCGGGCAGAGAAGGAAAAAGAAAAGAAACGCCCUUAUAUUUUCGCCAAUGCAGUUGAUUGCAGGAGCGGAGACACAGCAGCCAGUCCCUGGGGGUCCGGUGGUUGAAGACGAUAGGUCAAAAUCUGCACCAACUUCUCCAUGUGAUCAGGAAAUUAAAGACCUGGAAAACAACAUCCGGAAAGCUCUGUCGUUUGAUAACCGGGGGGAAGAACACAAGUCGACAGCUACGGCCGCCACAGAGAACCAGCUGAGCAGCACCGGGGAAAAUGGAGAGAACGGCGAUGUAAAACUGCAUGAGAACAAGAGAACAGGACUGGAAGAGUUCAACUUCAUCAAAGUAUUAGGAAAAGGCAGUUUUGGAAAGGUGAUGUUGGCCGAACUGAAGGGCCGGGAUGAGGUUUACGCUGUAAAAGUCCUAAAGAAAGAUGUCAUUCUGCAAGAUGAUGAUGUCGACUGUACGAUGACAGAGAAAAGGAUUCUAGCGUUGGCCCGGAGACAUCCCUACCUGACCCAGCUCUACUGCUGCUUCCAGACAAAGGACCGCUUAUUUUUUGUCAUGGAGUAUGUGAAUGGAGGGGAUCUAAUGUUCCAGAUUCAGCGCUCUCGUAAAUUCGAUGAACCUCGCUCGCGGUUUUAUGCCGCAGAAGUCACCUCAGCCCUCAUGUUUCUUCACCAGCAUGGUGUUAUAUACAGGGACCUUAAACUGGACAAUAUUCUUCUGGAUGCAGAAGGUCACUGCAAACUGGCCGACUUUGGGAUGUGUAAGGAAGGAAUAUUGAAUGGCGUCACUACAACCACCUUCUGCGGAACGCCAGAUUACAUAGCUCCCGAGAUACUUCAAGAGUUGGAAUAUGGACCAUCAGUUGACUGGUGGGCUCUGGGUGUUCUAAUGUAUGAGAUGAUGGCCGGUCAACCUCCCUUUGAAGCAGACAAUGAAGACGAUCUCUUUGAAUCCAUCCUUCACGAUGAUGUUCUGUACCCAGUUUGGCUCAGUAAAGAAGCUGUCAGCAUUCUGAAAGCAUUUAUGACAAAGAAUCCCAAUAAAAGAUUAGGGUGCGUGGCCGCGCAGGGCCUGGAGGAAGCCAUCAAGCAACACCCGUUUUUCAAAGAAAUCGAUUGGGUACUUCUGGAGCAAAGGAAAAUCAAGCCUCCUUUCAAACCACGAAUUAAAACCAAACGUGACGUAAACAACUUUGACCAGGAUUUCACACGAGAAGAACCUGUGCUAACACUGGUGGAUGAAGCCAUAGUAAAGCAGAUCAAUCAGGAGGAAUUCAAAGGCUUCUCUUACGUUGGGGAGGAUCCGCUGCCCUAAGGAGCUGCUCCCACGAGCAGGAGUUUUAAGGAGUCACCAUGGGAGUGAGAUUUAAUGGAUUCAACGGUCUUGUUCUACUAUGAGCCUCCACUAUGUAAAGAGUUUAUUAUUUAUUACCUGUUUUUUUUUUUGUUAUUUCUCAAAGGCACUCCUAAUUUCUCUUACAGAGCAAUGCAAACUGUUUAUUUCUUAUGUUUAAGAAACUAGCUGUAACACACUGCCGUGACCACAGUAUACUAGAAAACCUGAUUUUUAUUAAUUUUAUUUGAAGUUUUUUUUUAAUUUACAGCAAAAGUAUAGUUGGGGACAAACGGGUUCAAAUAAUGAAUAUCUGAACACUGACUUGAAAAGAGAACAGGGUGUUACCCAAAGGUUCUUCUGGCCUCCCAUUUAUAACCAAUUAUCUUGCCCAAGAUCUUCUCUAAAUUAAGGGCAUGUCCAACUGUGCCCGGAUUAGGAUAGUUUGGGCGUGUUACUUAAUAUUUAAUAAUAUUCCAAGUAGACCUGCUGAGAGAUAUGCGUUUAUUAUAUCUGUAUAUCAUUUCCAUGGUUCUGCUUAAACCACUGCCACAGGUCUGCACCCUAAAAUCAAAGUUGAUAAAUAUGGAGGACCUUUCCGAUCUGUCAGUUUUUCUAGAGUGAUGGCAGAAGAUAUAUAGAUGCUCCAGGUCUAGUAACCCAUAGUACCCAAUGAGAUGUUUGGAUUUAAACAGUUGACUGAUUGGUCACAAUGGGUUUUUAGAGCUGGGGCAAAUUUUGUAUCCUUUGCAUUAACCACUUUGUCCUCAAACAGCCCACGGUUUAUUGCAACCAAGCGGUGCCAUUGGGUCUAGGUUUAUCUGAAGCAUCAGAGGCUUUUGGAGAGAGCCAUUUUCAGGGCUGGAUUUAGAUUAAAGCAGGUGAGACGGAGUUGGCCCUUGGCCACCAUGUUCUAAAGUGUCCCUUGGGUGGGACAAAAUCAUAGAUAAAAUAGAAAUAACUUAUUAUAUUGUGUAAUAGAUACACAACACCUUUGAAUGGGUGUCCCAGACUUCCUACAUUGCCAGGAUCACCCAUGACUUCUUUCAGCUCUGCCCUGGACAUUCUGUUUAGGCAGAUAUUUUAGCAGCAACCUGUUCUUUUAUCCAUCCACUGACUGCCUCUUUCUUUAUGGUUGCCUGUUAUUUCAGGGCCAAUUAACACUACUCGUCAUUAGAAGUAUUAGAUUGUACUCUACCGGUGAUAGUUUUACCCCUAUCACAAAUGGGCCACACACUCAUCCUGGGUGAGCAGAACAGCUCUUAGUUUCUCCCAUAACUUCCAGAAGUUGAACACCUACCUAUAGACAGGAUAUAUUUGCACCAUCAAUGUUGCAUUAUGUUGCUCUUCAUGAGCUGCUCUUUGAAGCAUUAACAAAUAGAACGACUUGUCCUUGUCGUAGAAGCAAAUUUGGUUAGGGAUACCAUAUCUUACUCGGUUGAGCUGUUCUCUUCCACCGGCUUCACAGUUACUUUUAGGUUUCUAUCUUAAGUUCUAUUAAGAUAUGCAAAUAUUUACAUGCAUGUGUGCCAAUACAGUCUGCUAACAGCAACUUGUACUUUGGAACACAUAUCCCUUUAGGUCUCCAAUGGUCUUAUUAUUGUGUAGUACUUUGGAGACCUUCAGCAUAGUAGGAGCAGUAUUUCUAGGUGGAAAGGUGUUGCACACCAUUCAUAGCACUUCUGUGUUUAUUAGCCUAUGUCUCACUCAUAGGCUUUUUGUGGAAUUAGUUGGUGGAGUUGUAGGCUGGACAUUCCUGAAAUGAUCAGUAUCAAUAUCUAACAAGUAUUAUAAAAUGUUUUCCCUGUUGGUCCUGCUCUGCCUUGAUCCUAAAAAACAGCCUUGGUUGUGCACAAUGUUUUGUCCUACCCAAAUGACACCAUUUUGAUUGGUUGUAAUCUGUGAGUUGGGGAUAAAAUGUGGUUUGGACUUAAGGUGGCCAUACACGGAGAGAUCCGCUGGUUUGGCGAUGUCGCCAAACGAGCAGAUCUCUCCCCGAUAUGCCCACCUUGAGGUGGGCAAUAUCGGGCUGAUCCGAUCAUGGGCCC